AUAUCGAAUAUAUUAGGUAAGCCUGGCUAUGGACCAGGCGAACAGGACUGGGGCUAUGUGGAUGUACGUCCUGGCGCCCAUAUGUUCUACUGGCUCUACUACACCACAGCCAAUGUCACCAAGUAUACCGAUCGGCCCUUGGCCAUUUGGUUGCAAGGUGGUCCAGGUGCCUCAUCUACGGGCUAUGGCAACUUUGAGGAGUUGGGUCCGGUUGAUUUAUAUGGCGACUAUCGAGAGUGGACAUGGGUAAAGGACAUGAAUGUGCUAUUCAUUGACAAUCCUGUGGGUAGUGGCUUCAGCUAUGUGGAUAACACUGCUCACUAUACGGCUACGAAUAAAGAAAUUGCUUUGGAUCUGGUUGAACUAAUGAAGGGUUUCUAUGCCCUGCAUCCGGAUUUUGAGACAGUUCCGUUGCAUAUCUUCUGCGAAAGCUACGGCGGGAAAAUGGCCCCAGAGUUCGCUUUAGAGCUUUACUACGCUAAUCAACGAGGAGAGAUUAAAAGCAAUUUGAUGUCUGUGGCUCUAGGAGAUCCUUGGACGUCGCCCAUUGACUCGGUACUGGCAUGGGGUCCAUUUUUGCUCGAAAUGGGCAUCGUGGAUCAUGACGGCUAUAAUGCCAUCAUGGAGGCGGCCAAUUUUACUGCCGAUCUGGUGGCCAACGAGCGUUGGAUACAAUCCACUGCACAGUGGAGCAACACUCAAUGGGAGGUAAUGAAAGCCUCAAAAGGCGUUGAUUUCUAUAAUGUGCUCAAGCAGACGCGGGGUGAUCGUUAUCAACGGCAGAUGUUGCAGACGCCCACAGAGCGCAUGUACCGCACCAUUGUGAAGUACGACAUCGAUGAAGAUCGUGAUGAGCUGCUGCAGAAGCUAAUGCGCGGACCUGUAGCUGAAACUCUAGGCAUACCCCCCAAUGUUAUAUGGGGGUCACAGAGUGGCACGACUUUUGAUAUUCAUAAAACUGACUUCAUGAAGCCCGUUAUACACAUUGUUGAUGAGCUGCUGGACAACACUCCUUUGAAAGUGGGCGUGUUCUCGGGAGGCUUGGAUCUGAUCUGUGCCACGCCUGGCACAGUAAACUGGAUAGACAAGCUGAACUGGUCCAGAAGAGAAGAGUAUCUGGCUGCUCCACGUGUUGCGAUCAGUGUGGAUCGCAUUUUGGAGGGCUAUCAGAAGUCGGGCGGAAACUUUACCAUGUAUUGGAUAAAUAGAUCUGGUCAUAUGGCGCCUGCCGACAAUCCCGCCGCCAUGAGCCAUGUCCUGCGCGAAUUCACAGGUUUCGGAUAGAGUUAGUUAGUCUUGCAGAAAAUCAGCAAAUAAAGUUAAUUGAAAACUGAAA